UUCUCAGUGUCAGGCUGCCUAAGGGCGAUGAAGGGAGGCAACUUCCACAAGGCCACGACUUAUGGAGGAACCAUUGCCGGCCCAGGGGUUUGCUGGAACCAGUGAGCCGAAUGGCAAGAGUGCCUCGACCUUGGCCAAGAAAGACUACGCCAUCGGUAUCUGCCUGUUGUUAGUGGUGGUGUGCCUGUGGACAUCGUCGAACUUCGUUACGCAGGAUCUCUAUGUCGACGGAUACGAGAAGCCCUUCUUAGUGACCUACCUCAACACGAGUGCAUUUACUCUCUAUCUGAUUCCGUUCUCCGUGCGGCUGCUCCUCAACAGGCGUAGACGGCGGAAAGGCUUGCUGGAGCACAGUGCUCAGUAUGUUGCAAUCCCGACCGAUGAGGAUCAUCUGGAGGUGCUGGAUGUGGAGGACCGCGUCAUCCCCUUAGAAAUCGCGGCACCCAAGGGGUCAGCGCCCCUAACGACUUAUGAGACAGCUCAGCUUGCAUUCGCCUUUUGUUUCAUCUGGUUUCUGGCGAACUGGACGGUCAAUGCAUCGUUGAAUCUAACCAGCGUAGCGAGCGCUACUAUUUUGUCGAGCACGAGUGGGUUCUUCACAUUAGCCAUUGGGCGUGUCUGUCGGGUGGAAACCCUUACUGUGUGGAAAUUAGUUGCCGUUUUGACGAGUUUCAUCGGAGUCGUCCUUGUAGCCGUGUCCGACUCUGCUCAAACCUCCGCACCUGGAUCGGAGCGCAUGGACACUACUUUCAUCAGCACCGUAGUGAACGUAUCCAAACCUAUUUUUGGAGAUGCUCUCGCCCUUCUGUCCGCCAUCUUCUACGCGCUCUAUGUGAUAUUACUGAAGGUUCGGAUUGGAUCCGAGUCUCGGAUAGAUAUGCAACAAUUCUUCGGUUUUGUCGGGCUGUUUAACAUUAUCUCCUGCUGGCCUUUGGGUGUCAUUCUGAACAUUACGGGCAUAGAGCCAUUCGAGCUGCCGAGCACCCAAAAGGCUGUCGCUGCGCUGCUGACCAAUAUGGCGAUAACAUGGUCAAGCGAUUACAUCUAUGUCCUGGCUAUGCUGAAGACUACGCCACUCGUGGUGACAGUCGGGCUCAGUCUCACAAUCCCGCUCGCAGUGAUAGGAGAUUUCUUCCUGAACAAACCCACCAAGGGACAAGUCAUUAUUGGUGCAUUACUCGUGAUUGUUAGCUUCGUAAUGAUCGGCUUCGUCGACGAGGCAGAGUCACAUCCGGGCGAGGUGGUAACUCCAGAUGAAAGCUUACUAUUGAGGCCCGAAUCUAGCGUUGGAUCAUAGGGCUUCAUUGACAGGAGACCUCUUCGUCUACACUUGUAUUAUGGUACUCUAUUCUUGGGAUAUUGUUGCUUUAUCAUGUACUAUUCACACAUCAAUA